UCUAUAUGCCGUCCCAUUUAUCCCUCUAUAUAUCCAUCCUUCCCGUCCAGAUUCCAGAGAAGCUCUAACCCAACUCUAGUCAUGGAGGACAUGAAGGUUUAUGUGGUCAUCUUUCUCAUAAGCUUUAUAUAUGCGGUCAUGCAGAUUCUUACGAAGGCUGCCUUCGAUGGAGGCAUGAGCACAUUCAUUUAUGUGUUCUAUAGGCAGCUUAUUGGCACCCUCUUUGUGUCACCAGUUGCUUUGGUGCUUGAAAGGAACAUUGCUCCCCCACUGUCAUUUAAGGUCUGCUUCAAGAUUUUCUUGCUUACUUUGGUGGGGCUUAUUGUAUUCUUAGAUACAUAUUCUGUUGGUCUUGAUUAUACAACAACAACGUCAGCAGCUGCAAUGAUAAAUUCCGCUCCUGCGGUUACCUUUAUUCUGGCUGUUUUAUUUAGAAUAGAAACCAUUAAGAUAAAAAAGCUUCAGGGCAUUGCCAAAGUUUCUGGAAUAGUACUCUGCCUAGCAGGCAUCCUGACGUUGGCCUUCUUCAAGGGACCCCAGUUGAAAUCCUUCAACCAUCAUCACCUCUUUGGCCAUAGAGCGAGUCAAACCGAUCGAGGCCACUCCAAGUGGGCCCUGGGGAUCCUCCUUAUGACCAUUUCUACUACAGCAUUAUCUCUAGGGACGGUCCUGCAGGGAUUUGUGCUGAAGGAGUACCCUGCCAAGCUUGCAUUCACCGCUCUUCAGUGUCUCUGUGGCGCCAUUCAGUCAUUCUUCGUAGCUCUAGCAUUUGAGAGGGACUUUUCUCGGUGGAAGUUGGGCUUCAACAUGAAUCUCCUCUCGGUGACUUACGGCGGUAUCAUGGCCACGGGAGUCACAUUUUACUUACAGUCAUGGACCAUUGAGAAGAAGGGCCCCGUUUUCUUGGCUAUGGGCUCACCAUUGAUUCUAAUUAUCCAAAUCAUAUGCUCCUAUGUUCUUCUUGGAGAAAUAAUUAAUUUGGGAAGCAUUCUGAGUGGAGUUCUCAUGGUUGGAGGCCUUUAUGGUGUUCUCUGGGGAAAGAAAAGAGAAGAAAACGAUCGCAAAAAGCAAAUAAGGGAGAAUGAAAAAGCUUGCUUGGAGGAGAAAGAAACAGCGAUUCCAGCACAAGGAGUACUGGUCUAAACAAAUUUACUAAUUACGUAUCGAAGUCGAUGUGAACUUGUAGCUAGACACUUGAUGUAACAGCUAAAAAUAAGGCUGGAACCGGAUCGGAUACCAGCAUAUCCAUAUCUAUAUUUAUUUUAUCUGAUAAAUAUAAAUAUGGAUAUGGAUAUUAUUCGAAUGUAAAAAUUUAUAUCUAUAUUUGUUUUAAACGGAUAUAGAUAUAAUUUGAAUACUGAAAUAUAGAUAUAAUUAUGAA